UGAAAAGCCCACACUUAACAGAAAUGAAGCAUAUUAUCGAUUAUUCUAGUAAAAAUGUUAAAUUAAUCCUUGUACAAAACAAAAUUACAAAUAAAUGAAACUAAAAUUAUCUAAAACACAUACAUAAGAACUGAUAGAAUGUGAUAGAAUACCCAUAGAGUAAUACCAUUUUAUGUUUCCGCCCCGGCCGCCAUAUUGACAUAAUCUUGACAGCAUGUUGGAAUGGGCGUGAACCAAUGAACUGUCAACACCGAGUUGACAGUUCAUUGGCGUGAACCCGCAAACAAAACAAAACAACAGCAGAAAACAGAACGGAGAGAAGUAAAAAAGACUCUUUUUAUUUACUUUUUACUAUUUACUUGAUGCCUAAGACCAAGACAGCAACUUAACUAUAGCAAGAAAGAGCACUAAGAACUAAGGGUCACAUAGAAUAACAGUAUGGAGAAACAAGAAGACAAUUACACAAAUAACGAAGUAUCUAAUAUAAAAUGCGAAACCGAAUUUGAGAACAAUGGUGUGAACAAUACAGAAUUUCCAGUUACCAUAAAAAAUGAAUUCAAACAAGAAAUGCUUCUACCUGAGGAUGAUACAACUAAUGACGAUUCCAAGGAUUGGUUCAUCCAAAUGAAUACGGCAGUAUCAGUUGAAGAUGUAAAACAUGAACAAAUUGAAGAUGAUGGCGAUUUGGUCAACUGUAAAAAUUUGAAGUCUGAACCAAAUAUUAAGGAAGAGGAAGACAUAAUUGAAGAAAAGCAGAGUCAAUGUGGUUCCUCCUCUGAAGAAAUACACAAUGAUGCAAACAGUGAUUUGAAAUCGAACAAACGCCUGGUAGGAGAGGACACAAAAACUGUUGAUACUUCAUUCACUUGUGAAAUUUGCUCCAAACAGUAUUUUUUAGAGCAUAAUUUAAAAAGACAUAUGAAGUCGCAUGAUGGUGAAGACAAACGGCAUAAUGAUGAAGAAAAAGAAAAACCUUUUGAAUGUGACGUUUGUUUUAAACGGUUUAAAACUAAUUUAGAAGUAAAAUCGCACAUGAGAACUCACACUGGAGAAACAUUUAAGUGUGAACUUUGCCCCAAAGAGUAUUUUUCCAAUUAUUCUUUAAAAUUACAUAUGAGAUGGCACACAGGAGAAACUUUUUCAUGUAAAAUAUGCUCCAAACAAUUUGUAAGAAGUUCUAAAUUCAACGCACAUAUGUUAAAACACAGUGAAGGGAGUAAAGAAAGGCGUUUCACAUGUGUCAUUUGCUCCGAAACAUUUUCAACCAUUUAUAAUUUAAGACGACAUUCAAGAUGGCACACUGGAGAAACUUAUACGUGCGAGAUUUGCUCCAAACAGUUCGUUGACCGUCAUUAUUUUAACAUCCAUUUGAGAUUGCAUACGGGCGCAAAACCUUUUCAGUGUGAAAUUUGUUCAAAACAUUUUUCACACAAGUCCGGAGUAAAAGUACAUAUGAGAACACAUACUGGAGAAAAACCCUUCAGCUGUGAAAUCUGCUCAAAACAGUGUGUAACCAGUUCUGAUUUAAAGGUUCAUAUGAGAAAGCACACUAAAGAAGUGCCUUACGAAUGCGAAAUUUGCCCCAAGAAGUAUGCAACAAGUAGUGGAUUAAAAAAACAUAUGGAAAAACGUCCUUUCAAGUGUGAAACUUGUCUGAGACACUAUAAAACAAAUAAAGAUCUUCAAUUGCAUAUCAAAUUGCACACUGGAGGAGAAACUUUUUCGUGCGAAGUUGGUUCAAAACUUCUUUCUACAUAUUCUUCGCUGAGAGUUCAAUUGAGAACACAUACUGAAAGAAUACCCUUCACAUGCGAAGUUUGCUCCAAAGGAUUUUUUAGCAGUGCCACGUUAAAAUUACAUAUGACGGUGCAUACGAAAGAACUUUUUCCGUGUGAACUGUGCCCUAAACAAUUCAUAACAAAAUCCAAAUUGAAAAUACAUAUUAUGAGAAUGCAUACAGAUGACAGGCCUUUCCCCUGUAAAGUUUGCCCCAAACGGUUUGCAGUGAAAAAUGAGUUAAUUUCACACAUGAGAUGGCACACUAGAGACGUUCUUUUCACAUGUGAAAUUUGCAGUAAACAAUUCGUUACCAGGACAGUACUAACUAGACAUAUUAUGAGAAUUCAUACGGCGGAAAAACCAUUCAAAUGUGAAAUUUGCAAUAAACAAUUUAUUAUCAAGACAGAAUUAACUAAUCAUAUGAUAACUCAUACGGGGGAAAAACCAUUCUCCUGCGAAAUUUGCUGCAAACAGUUUGUUGUCAAAAGAUCAUUAACUGAUCAUAUGAUAACUCAUACGGGGGAAAACCCAUUCUCCUGCGAAAUUUGCUACAAACAGUUUGUUGGCAAAAGAUCAUUAACUAAUCAUAUGAUAACGCAUACGAGGGGAAAACCAUUCUCCUGCGAAAUUUGCUACAAACAGUUUGUUGUCAAAAGAUCAUUAACUAAUCAUAUGAUAACUCAUACGGGGGAAAAACCAUUCUCCUGCGAAAUUUGCUGCAAACAGUUUGUUUACAAAAUAUCAUUAAAUAAUCAUAUGAUAACUCAUACGGGGGGAAAACCAUUUUCCUGCGAAAUUUGCUGCCAACAGUUUGUUACCAAAAUAUCAUUAUCUAAUCAUAUGAGAACUCAUCCGAGGGAGAAACCAUUCUCCUGUGAAAUUUGCUGCAAACAGUUCGAUAUCAAAAGAUCAUUAAAUAGACAUAUGAGAACUCAUACGGAGGAAAACCCAAUUCAAACGUGAACUUUGCUUUAAAGAUUUCGCAACUAAGUUCUUAGUGCAGCCAAUGGAGUUUUUACUUGAAGGUAUGAUUCCGAACAAAAGUUUAUAAUAUGGUUUUCUAUAGGCUGUACGUUAAGCACAGCGGCACUGUCGCCGAUGCGAGACGUACGCAAAAUGUCGCCAAAACGCUGACCGCAGUACUGAUCCAGAACCAGUAGUAUCAAUAGGGCUUUUCAUCGAUUGUCAUUUGUUUCGAGCUUCUGUCAUGUGUCACAUAAUAUUAAUAUAUCUACGUCAUACGUCUUUGGUUUGUAUUAUUGUAAAUACCUAAGGGCCAGUUGUUCGAACGAUAAUCAACAUUGAUCACUAUCAAAUACUUAAUUACUGUCACAACUGUCAAUGUCAACUUUGGUUGGGUUGCCGAAGACAUAAUUAUUGAUGACAAUUAUGAAAUUAGUUAAUCAAUUAUGUUAAUAAUUGUUAUGUUAAUUGACUAACUAAUCUCAUAAUUAUAAUUAACUAUGUUUUAGCAACCCAACCAAAGUUGACAUUGACAGUUGUGACAAUAAUUAAAUAUUUGAUAGUGAUCAAUGUUGAUUAGCGUUCGAACAACCGGCCCUUAGAGUAUGGAAAAUUUUUUACCCUCUCCCUGGAGUGACCGCAACGAGAACGAAACUGAAGCCAAAACCAAGUUAGAACCAAACACGAGUGCCAGUGGCGUAUCGCGUAGGCCAGAAGAAACUAUAUAAAACUACAUAAUUAAAUAAUAUUGCUUGUAGGUUUAGUUCAAUUUUCAAUUUUUAUUAAUUACACAAUAUUAUGCAUGGCUUACAUAGAAAGAUUUAAACAAAUAACAGUAUUUUAUUAUGUUGAACUUUUAUACCCACUCAAAAUAAAACAGGAUUAGGAAUUAGGGUAUGUGACGAAAGCAAACUUUUUGAAAUAUUGAUUAAUGAUAGAUAUCUUUAUUUCACAUAGGUCGCAAAACUUCGGCUCCAAUACUAUAUUUAAAUGGGAUUUAUUUUUUCGAAUUCUGAGAAAAAAGUUACAGGGGUGAAAAACUAAGAGACAAUUUAGUGUGAUUUUUAUUUUCAAAGAUCUCAUUCAAAAGAAACUUUUUAUUUAUUCUGAGGGACUUUCAGCCCUCGGUAAUAAUUUAGUCUUUCAUUCUGCGUUUAAAUUUUUCAAAAGUAUUACUUUUUCAGUAUAGGGCUUUUCAUUCACAGUCAUUUGUUUCGAGCUUCUGUCAUGUGUCACAUAAUAUUAAUAUAUCUACGUCAUACGUUAUUGGUAUAUAACAAUGAUACCAACUAGAAACGUAUGACGUAGAUAUAUUAAUAUUAUGUGACACAUGACAGAAGCUCGAAACAAAUGGCAAUCGAUGAAAAGCCCUAUAGGGCUUUUCAUUCACAGUCAUUUGUUUCGAGCUUCUGUCAUGUGUCACAUAAUAUUAAUAUAUCUACGUCAUACGUUAUUGGUAUAUAACAAUGAUACUAACUAGAGACGUAUGACGUAGAUAUAUUAAUAUUAUGUGACACAUGACAGAAGCUUGAAACAAAUGGCAAUCGAUGAAAAGCCCUAUAGGGCUUUUCAUUCACAGUCAUUUGUUUCGAAUUUCUGUCAUGUGUCACAUAAUAUUAAUAUAUCUACGUCAUACGUUAUUGGUAUACAGGGUGUCCCGGAAAAUAGUGCGUUCCUUAAAGGUAUAAGUAGAAGGCACCAUGUAGAACAAAAAACUCUUAUAACAUUUUUUUCUAAAUGCAACCGUUUGACCAAAAAAUUAAAAUGUAUUCUGGUAUGUAAAUUUAAAUCUGACAACUAUGUGCGGUACGCAAAUUUAAGCAUAGACAGUCCCAUGUAAACAGAUAGUUUUAGAGAAUCCUGUUUAGUGUCAAUGCCGAAAAUGUUUUCGAAUAGUGAGUGUAUUACCUAUUAUGUUAUUACCUAUGAAUGGUGUUUGUGAAAGGUUACUUGAAACAUCUAUUCGGUAUAAUAAUUAUUUUCAAGUAAGUAAAACUUAGUUAUUUCAGUUCACAAGUAAACAAAUUACUGAGACAUUAUCUGGCGUAUUUAAGUUCCACUGUAAACUAUUAAAACUAUGUAAUUCAGUUAAAGCCCUCAGCAAUACUCAGCAUUCAACCCAUUUAAACCUUACUAAAUACAUAAUACUAGUUCAGUUAAAAGAUGUGUUUUUAUGUUAAAAGAUGUGGUAAUUCGUUUAAAAUUAUGCAACAGGUAUCUCAAUACAUUUCAAAAGAAAAUAAUUUUAGUAAACAAAUCGUAAAUACAUAAGUAUUACCUACUAUUAGGUUGGAUUAUUUUAAAUACUGUUAAUCACAAUCACAAACGAGUUUUUAUUAUCUGUUAUUAUUCCGUAGUGCGUACGAUGUUGCCAGUUUAUUAAAAUUUCCAAACAUUAAAAUACAGGUAUAUGGAAAACAAUGUUAACUUUUUUUUGGAAACGGUUAAUUUUAGAAAAAAAUGGUAUAGGACUUUUUUGUUCCAAACUGUGUAUUCUCUCCAUACCUUAAAGGAACGCACUAUUUUCCGGGACACCCUGUAUAACAAUGAUACAAACUAGAGACGUAUGACGUAGAUAUAUUAUUAUUAUGUGACACAUGACAGAAGCUUGAAACAAAUGGCAAUCGAUGAAAAGCCCUAUAGGGCUUUUCAUUCACAGUCAUUUGUUUCGAGCUUCUGUCAUGUGUCACAUAAUAUUAAUAUAUCUACGUCAUACGUUACUGGUAUAUAACAAUGAUACAAACUAGAGACGUAUGACGUAGAUAUAUUAUUAUUAUGUGACACAUGACAGAAGCUCGAAACAAAUGGCAAUCGAUAAAAAGCCCUAUAGGGCUUUUUAUUCACAGUCAUUUGUUUCGAGCUUCUGUCAUGUGUCACAUAAUAUUAAUAUAUCUACGACAUACGUUAUUGGUAUAUAACAAUAAUACAAACCAAAGACGUAUGACGUAGAUAUAUUAAUAUUAUGUGACACAUGACAGAAGCUCGAAACAAAUGACAAUCUAUGAAAAGCCCUAUUGGAAAAAAAUGAACACCUUGUCAGUGGUAAUAUUUUCCAAAUUUAAUAUUCGCUAUCUUUGUCGUACAACGCGCUCAGUCGAACAGAAUGUGCUGACAAGACAGCGGCAAUUUUAGAUAUUUGACACGGCUUUAGGAAUAAUAAUGUUUGAUCCAAAAUUAUUGUCACCAUAGGUGGCUCUCAACGACAGAGAUAGAUAUACAGUUCAUGUCUGUUCUUAAUUCAGAUAUACUACUUUCCAGUUUACGUCAACUUUGCAGUGCACGUCAACUUAACAAGAAAAGUUAGGUUAUGUAGAGAUGUUGGUGGUGGACAUAUACAGCAUCCUGUUUGAUUUUAUUUAUUAUUGUUACUUAUAAUUGUGUUAAUUCUUUUUAUUUUAGAUUAAAGUUCUGUGUUAAAGAUUUUGACUGAUUUUUUAUGUUUUAUAGGGUAGUGGCACCAGUAGUUGACCAGUACCCGGUAAUUGACCAAAUUGUUUUUAAUGAGCUGAAAUAAGAAAUCUAUAACGUUUUGUUGGUUACUUAUAGCUCUAAACUGUGAAUAAUAUAUUUGUCCACUAGAUGUCGCAAAUAACUUGUAUAAAGUUUCCGCUUAAGUUGCCAUUUUAAGUCCAGUUUGUAGUUUCUCACAGUGUAGAGGCCAAUAAGCCAUUUUCCAAUAAGCGUGGUAAGUAGACAACUUUUAUUUAUCUUAAAUCAUCCAUUCAGGUAAAACAUUUUAUUAAGAAAAUAUUUUAUGUACUGGUUCGUAGAUGAAUGUAAAUAAUUAUUUUUGUAAUAUUUAUUGUUCAAAUGUGUGCCCUAUUGUUUUUAAUACAUGUGGUCAACUACUAGAUCACAACACCUGUUGAAUAUCCCAUGAUUGACCACUUUGGUCAACUAUUGGGGAUUUAAAAGAAUUGAAGAUUUUCAGUCCCUGUCUCUCUUAUAGCUUUGAAUAUAUUUUAAGUAAGCUUUCUUAUUUAAAAAAACACGUUGUUUUGAUACAGAUCCAAUGGUUGACCACAGUUUUUGUAUGGUCAACUAUUGGUUUCUUUCCAUGGUCAAUAACUGGAACUUUAUUUUUACUUCAAUAUUUAUUUAUUUUAUUUAAGUCUUGGUUUAACAAAUAUUUUUACAUUUUUCAGAAACAUGUCUGAGACUAAAAAGAAGUUUUUUAAAUAUACAGAAGAACAAUUACAACUGGCUAUAAAUGAUGUUUCUAAUAAUAUAUGCAGCAUUCGACAAGCAGAGAGAUUGUAUGGUGUUCCACAUUCCACGUUAAUAAAUAAAUUAAAAGGAAAAUCUCCCUUAGUAAGACAAAUGGGUCCUCCCACAAUAUUGACAAAAGAUGAGGAAAGCCUUUUGGUCAGAUGGCUUUUAGCAAAUGCUAAAAAAGGAUUUCCCUUAAACAAGGCCACCCUUUGCGAAACUGUAAGAGAUAUUAUUAAAGAUGAUGAUCGUGUUAACAAAUUUCGUGAUGGCAUGCCUGGGAAAAAGUGGUUCUCAGCAUUUUUGAAACGUCACCAGGAAGUUUGCCAACGUCAUGCUGAGUCUAUAAAUGGAGCACGGGCCUGCGUAACUGAGGGCUCUAUACGAGAAUGGCAUGAUUCCAUUCAAAGAUAUUUAAUUGAAGAAAAUGCUGAGGAUAUCUUAAAUGAUCCUUCUAGAAUUUUAAAUUCUGAUGAAUCUGGAUUUGCAGUACCUAAAUCCAAAAACUGGUCUUGUAUUGGGUCCUCGAGGAAUGAGAAACUUUUAUGAAAUUAAA